GAGUAGCAAUAGGAGAGAAGGUUCUAGAUUUCCCAAUCCUACACGGAUUGGUAUUCCUUGUAACAUUAGAACUAGUACUUUGUAAUCCCUAUAUAUAGGGCUCCUAUUCUCAAUAAUAGAUACACAGUUCUCUCAUCAAUUCUCUCUCGAAAUCUGUUUUACUUAAACAGUGAGGAGAAUGUUUGUGUCAUUUCCAUCCUUGGGUUAGGAGGGUUGGGGAAGACAACUCUUGCUAAAUUGGUGUAUAAUGAUAGCAUGGUAGAGGAGAAUUUUGAGAUGAAAAUGUGGAUAUGCGUCUCAGAAAACUUUGAUAUCCGAACAUUAAUUCGCAGUAUUAUCAAUACUGCAAUCAAACAAAAAUGUGAGGAUGAAAGUUUGGACCUUAUGAAAAAAGGUUGCAAGAUACUUUGAGAGGUAGAAAGUUUUUGUUAGUGUUGGAUGAUAUUUGGGAUACGAAUUCGAUUGGAGUAACACCUGAAAAAUGGAUUGGUUUAAAAAAAUUGUUAAAUGUGGGAGCUAAUGGAAGUAAAAUUAUCACAACAACACGAAAUGAAUCAGUUGCUUUACUUGUGAGUCCCUUAUACACGCAUUCUUUAGAAGGUCUUCCCACAAAGAUUGCAUGUCCUUGUUCAUCCAAAGGGCAUUUAAAAGAGGAGAGGAGCAGCGCUAUCAACAUUUGAUAGAAAUUGGAGAGGAUAUUGUGAAGAAGUGUGGAGGAGUUCCUUUAGUGGUAACUACUGUAGGGAGCAUAUAUGCUCUAUUUGAAUACAGAGAAACACCAUUGGUUGCAUGUCAGAGAUGAUGACAUGUGGAGUAUAGGGAAUGACGAUAUUUUACCUGCACUCAAAUUGAGCUAUGAUGCAUUGCCACAACACUUGAAAUCAUGUUUUGCAAUUUGUUCACUUUUCCCAAAGGAUUAUGCAUUCAAGAGUGCAAUAUUGGUUCCAUUGUGGAUAGCACAAGGCUACCUCAAGACAUCUAAGAAAAAUGAAGAUUUUGAACAGAUGGGUAUAGACUAUAUAAGACAGUUUUGCUCUAGAUCUUUGUUUCAAUUAGAGACAGAUCGAUGUCAAAACAGCCAUAGUUUUUAAAAUACAUGAUCUAGUUCAUGAUUUAGCAAUUUCUGUGGCACAAGUAGAGUACUCCACAGUCGAUUUUCGUCCCUCUAGUGCAUUGGAAAUGGUUCGACAUGUGUCAAUAUCCAAACAAGACUUGCUUAGAGAAGAGGCACAAGUUCCCGAUUUCAUGCUCAACUCAAAGAAAUUGCGAACCAUUCUAAUUCUUGAAGAUGGCCGGAUCAAUCAACGUUUUGUGAAGAUAUGCAUCUCGAGAUUCAAAUGUAUACGAGUGCUAGAUCUCACUGAGUCGCGUCUUGAGGAGCUACCAAGUUCCAUUGCUAGUUUGUUUCAUUUGAGAUUUCUCAACUUGUCUCAUAAUAGAAAGAUAAAAAGGCUUCCCAAUUCCAUCAAUAAGCUGCUGAAUUUGGAGACCUUGUGGCUUGGGGAUUGUGAUGCACUUGAGGAGAUACCCAAAGACAUAGGGAACUUGAUCAACCUCCGAAGCUUGGUGAUAACUACACAACAGACGUAUUUGCCAAAACAAAUUAGACGCCUCACCUCACUUCGAUUUUUAUGUUUUCAUGGAUGUGUCAAUCUUAAAUCUUUGGGCGAAGAGAUCCAAUUCCUUAACAACCUUCGUAAACUGGCGAUUGAAAGUUGUAAUAAGUUGGAAUCCUUGCCACCAAAUAUGAAACACAUGACCGCUUUAGAUACUUUGGGUGUAAUGCAUUGUGAGAAGCUUCAGUUGAUGAUGAGAUCAGGGGAAGGUCCUCAAGGUCUUCGAUCAUUGCUUAUCAAGAAUUCAAGUUUGGAGGCUUUGCCCCCUUGGCUCACUGAAGAUUCUGCAGACACUCUACAGAGCAUAUGGCUUGGUGGAUGUCAUAAUCUCACGGCACUUCCGGAGUUGAUAAACUUCAGAUUCCUCGAGCAACUACACAUUGAAGAAUGCUCCAAAUUGUCGGCUUUGCCGCAAGCAUUGCAUUGCCUUACUGAGUUGAGAGGAUUGAAGAUUAUUGGGUGUCCUGAAUUGAGCAAAAGUUACAAAAGGCAAUUAAAAGGUGAGGAGUGGUUAAAGAUGGCGUGUCAGGUGAAGAUUACACUCGACGCUGAUGAUGAAGAAGAUGAAGCUGACAAUCGCUUGGCCGACGGAAAGAUCGCGUACCUCACUUUGAGACGACGCCGUUAGUCAUCUCAAUUCCUCGUCUCCAGCUUGCAUUGGGUGAUUUUUUUGGGGUACAGGAAACUACUGGGUUUUGGAGUUGAACUAGGAUUUACCUGAUUUCAGGUUCAAUUUCUCUCUAUUCCUCUGUUGUUCUGCAGCUAAUUUCUUACUAGUUUCCUCUUUCAGUUUGUGGCAUUUUCUUAUUUGGUUACUUUGGAUGAUUUACCUGACAGAGAUGUUGGAUUUAUUUCUUUGGAUGAUUUACCCCAUAUUAUAAUCAGAAAUGAUUCUUAUAACAAGCAAGAUAGCUGCCUGAUUUUCAUCAACUUUUAACAGCGAAAGCAUGCGUGCCGCCACUGGAGGUGCUGCAAAAUGAAGUAGUCCUGCACUGCUGUAUUGUUUACUUAUUUUAUGCUUGGAUCAUAUUCGAGCUUGGAACAUAAAUUCAUUAAGUUGUAAUAACAUGAGAUAACUUCCUGAUUAAUAUUGACAUCAUACAUAGAGAAUACUUCCCAGGAAGAAGAUAAUGUUAGUCUAGGCAUAUCUAUAGUCUAUACAAACCAAGGGACUACU